AUGAACGAGUUGGUGGCUUGGGCCAUCUUCAUUGGCUACUUCUCUAUCAUUUUCGCAUCGUUCGGCUUCGUGUUCACCUCCAUCUUAUCGCAGAAGUCCCCGAAAGCCCUUCUGGAAGGCAAGCCGUUCACCUUCAUCCGGGUCGCAAUCGGCGCUCUGAUCUGCACAUGGCUUUUUCAUGGAGGUGAGCAGAUCGCCGUUUGUGCAGCUGACAUCGAGUGGUCGUACAGAAACUAUGCCAGAACACAGCAGCAACCCACGAUGGGCCAGUGGCUCGUCAAUACCUCGCUUUUUGAGCAGGCUUGGCGUGCUGUUUGUGACGGUAUCCCCAAUUGGUGGUGGAGCAGUUUCAUCUGCACCGCAGCCGUGAACAUCAAAUACCCCCUUGCGUACAUGGUCCUCGGGCAGCUCGUCGCCAUCUCCGUCGCGAUCGCACUGUUUAUCACGGCUAUGUACACACACGAGCCAACGAGUGUGCGCCCCAAGGCUGGCAUCGUGCUGUGGUUCUGUCUGCUGGACGCGCUGCUGACGAUGAUCGUCAUGCCGAUGUUCGCCAGCACGGAGAACUUCAUGCCCGCCCUCCUCUCGAUCCACUUGGCAGUCAUCGUGCCGCUGCUCUUCGUCCCACGAUCUGGCAAGGCCCUGCUCGGCAUGUCGUGGAAGAUCCUGAUCCCCAUCCUCGUGGUUCUGGCUGGCGCGGUCGCUAUGGUCAACACCAGCGAGGUGCUCCGCGUGAUUUCCAGCGGCGAGAGCAUCGCUGAGUAUCUUCUUGAAAAUGCCGCCUCGCACCCAGCCAACUCUUCUGUGUCCUUUGAUGUCGUGUGGUGCGUUAUCGCUUUCGUUUCGUGGUAUCUCCUGAAGGGCAGCACUACGUCCGCGCUGCUCAAGUGUGGAGUGAUGGUUGCAGGAGCUAUCGCUGUUCUCAUUUAUCACGUUGGCGUCAACUGGCUUCUCGUUGGAAGCGUGCUGCCGAUCUUCGCGCUACUUGCUUUUGGUAUCCUCCACCUUGCCCUGACCAGGCUCCGAGCUCGUAACGAAGUCCACCGCGCCGCUGUUCUGGGACGGUUAGGCAUCAAGGAGCACGGCAUUGUUGCCGGUACGACGACUGUGGCUCCGCACAUGGCCAAGCCGCGGCUGGUUGUUGGUUUCUGGCACCCCUACUGCAACGCCGGUGGUGGGGGUGAGCGUGUGCUCUGGACGGCGAUCCAGUGGAUCCAGCGCGAAUUCCCCGGGGUUAUCUCUCUCGUCUACUCUGGCGACUAUCCUGAGGCGUCGAAGGAGGAGAUUUUGGCCAAGAUCAACGACAGGUUCUCCAUCGACCUCAACCCAGCCACACUCGCGUUCGUGCCACUUCCGGCCCGCCACUUGAUCUCUGACACAUACUGGAAGCGGUUUACUCUGCUGGGCCAAUCGCUCGGCAGUGUCUACCUCGCGUUCCAGGGCCUUUGCGGCAAGGAUGGUGUCUGGGGCGACAUGUUCAUCGACACGAUGGGCUACGCCUUCACACUACCCUUUGUGCGACUGAUCACAGGUGGUGAUGUGGCGAUCGGCUCCUACACGCACUAUCCAACUGUCAGCGCCGACAUGGUCAAGCGUGUGCGCGAGCGGGUUGCUGGAGUGGAGAACAACGGUGCUGCGAACAGCUCACUCAAGACAUGGGCCAAGCUCGUGUACUACCGGAUAUUCACGACGCUGUACGCGAAUGCGCUGUUGUUCUCUGAAUACACAAUGACCAACUCUUCAUGGACCCAGGCACACAUUCAGUCGCUACUGAGUGCUGGCCGCCGAUCUUUCCUCGCCAAGCUCCUCCUGCAUGACGAAGGUGGCGCUGGCCCGCAGUUUGGGAACCAGGAUUCGGCGGGCCAGACCGAACUUACAAACACCUCCCAGUGUGAAGUCGUGUAUCCGCCGUGUGACACGACCGAGCUCGAGAAGCUCGGCGACCUGGAGACUCGAGACCGCGAGUUGGUCUCGCUCGCGCAGUUCAGGCCCGAGAAGGACCAUGCCAAACAGCUGCAGGCGCUCGCCAUCCUCUUCGAGAAGCACCCCGAGUACAAGUCCGGGCCUGGCAAGGUCCAUGUCACGCUUAUGGGCGGUUCCCGAGGCCCAGCUGAUGAGGCACGUCUGACCUCACUGCGCGAGCUUGCGUUAGAGUUGGGUUUGACUGACCAUGUGACCUUCCUUGUGAACGCGCCCUACGGUGAGGUGGUGCGGCAGUUGGGCCGAGCGUCGAUCGGCCUGAAUACGAUGCAGGAUGAGCAUUUCGGCAUCAACGUCGUCGAGUUCAUGGCUGCGGGGCUCAUCCCCAUUGUGCACGCGUCCGCGGGCCCGCUCCUCGACAUUGUGGUUCCGUACGAGGGCCAGCGAACCGGGUUUCACGCGACGGAUGCCGCCUCGUUCGCAGAUGCGAUGCACGAGGUGCUGUCGCUGUCGCCCGAGCAGCAGCUCAGGAUGCGCCAGGCGGCGCGCAAACUUGCAUCGGAGAAGUUCUCGGAGGCGGCGUUCGAGCGCGGAUUCGCCAAGGGCUUCCACCGUCUCUUCCGUCACGUCCAGGAGGUCGAGAACAGGCAGGCCGAGGAGGCUGCCCGCUCAGCAAGGCGGCACGAGUACCUGCCAGCCGAACAUGCCUCGCAGCACUGA